AUGGCAGCCAAGUCUCAGCUUGAGUACGAGAAUGAAGUACGAUCUUGGGGAUUCCCUCAUGUAUUUACCUGGACAGAUGGACCAAAUGCCCAUUACAAUCCUCACUCUCAUCGUGGCCUCACGACGCAUCUGAUUCUCAAAGGGCAAUUUACCAUAACAUAUCCCAAAGAAAAGGAUGCCGAUAAGAAAACGUACAGUGUUGGCGAUAGGAUUGAUGUCGAUGCAAGCCGCAUCCAUGAGGUUUGGAUGGGACCCCAAGGGUCAAUAUUUACACUCUCAUAUAUAAAACUCCAUUAUCUCGUUACUUUUAUUGGGUCUUUCCAACUCGCUUUCCAUCUCAAAGCUCCUCAACUCUAUCACAAACUCACCAUGGCCUCAUCCACAUCCUCAUUCCCGCCUGUGGUCUACCAUGUCACCAAGAACUCCUCGAGUGGAACAUCUUCCUUCGAAGAUGUAGCUUCUCCUCCAAGUCAACCACUGGGACCAACCGCCAAGUUGAGCUACGUCUAUUCCGCGCCUUCCAACUUCUCUAUCGCCGAAAACACCGAUCUGAAAUACCACCAAACAGCGCCGGCUGAACCCCCCCUGCGCGGUUUCCCCCCUGCUGGAGCCGUUUCGUCCGUCAUCCUAGACUUUGGACCAAACCCAACUGGCGAACCAGGAUUUAUGCACCGCACCAAGAGUUUGGACCAUGUUGUAGUCUUGGAAGGGGAGCUGGAGUUGACACUUGAUGGAGGCGAGACGCGCUUGGUAAAGGUAGGGGAAGUGGUUGUGCAGAGGGCUUGUUGGCAUUCUUGGAAGAACCCGAGCAAGACUGAGCGUGCUAGGAUGCUGGCAAUUGCGGUAGGAGAUGCUGGUGCUGUGGAGGGAGGGAUGGAGAUGAAGUAA